GCGAUUGGAUGAUUGAAUUUUUCCUGUAAGACAACAACUACUACUGCUUUAGUAUCUCUUUUAAUACGUGGCGGAGGGGGGGUGGUGCUUAGAUGUUAUUGUGUGUCCUUUUUGGACUUCUCAACCCUGUUAUACAUUUAGAUAGUUACAACUUAUUGUGUGUGACCAUAGAACAAAACAGGAAAGCUAAUUCAGGAAUUUUGAAAUCCUGCUAAUUCUUACUUGUAGUAGAUAAUGUAUUAAUGAGUUAUUGAAUGAAGGAUGCCUGUUUAUGUAGACUUAUUGAUGUAGUUCCUAAUUCUUAUCACGUAUAGAAAUAAAAUUUAUAUUGUAGCUAUUGAGUUUGGGAAAUUAACUUAUACUGUAAUGAAAGAUGUGAAAUUUAAUUCGCAGAAACUUGAAGCAUGGUUGAACUAGCUACUAGUUAAUGCAACUUAUUAGCCAAUUGUGUUAGAUCAUCAGACAUAUAUAGCCUUUGCUUAUGCAAUAUUUUUUUACUAAGUUAUAUGGCUUUAAAUGAUAUUAAUGUCAAUUGUGCUUCCACAUGAUGAAUAGAAGAACAACAGUUGUACAUGCUUUGGAACAUAAUGUCAGCAUUGUUUUCCAGAGACCCCUGACUUUGUAUACUUGUAUGGAUCAGUGGUAACCUAUUGGUGGCAAAUUCAACAUGCUUUAGAUUUUGACCCUCAACUUAUACUUCUAUUUAUAGUUAUUCUAAGACAAUUUACGUAUUUGAUAAAUGUAUAGCUAGUCAGCUUCAAAGGAACUGGUGGGGCUUUCUUAUAUUGCUGCAAAUUGUGAAUAGUGGAAUUGGAUCAGUAUUAAAGGGAUGAAGAUUUUAGUAUUCCGUGUUGUUUACAUUGUUAUCGUAUUAUUUGUCGUUGCUAUUGUUCUCUUCUUUGUGGCUUCUUUGCUAUUGUAUUUUCACUUGUUUUUUAUAUGUUUUACUUGAGCCAAGGGUCUACAAGAAAUAACAUCUCUACCUUCACAAAGUAGGGGACACACCACCCUCCUCAGAUCCCACUUGUGGUUGUAGAAUUACAAUGGGUAUGUCAUUAUUAUUGUUAGAGGGCUGAUGAUGGGCAUAGGAUUGUUGGCAGAUUAGUGUGGGAAUAACCAUGAAAAGAUUCAAAGGUUUUUUUGCUAAUGUCAUAUCUAUUAAUAGCUAAGUUGCUUGGACUGUCCAAAAAUGUUGCUGCACCCGUGUCGGAUCCUUCAAAAAAUACAUUGUUUCUGGAGGAUCCAACACGCACCCGUCGACAUUUUUGAAGAGUCCGAGCAACAUAUAUAAAUAGCAUUGAGUUUGACAUGCCAAGUUACAUAUUGAGUUUCCGAAUCUGGAGACUGGAGAAUGUGAUGUGUUCAUUUAUAAAAUCAAGAAAUAGAAUGAUUAUGACAAACGUGGGAUAUUUUAGGCACAUACCGGAGAGAAAAUAAAUUAAGAUGAGAAUAAAUAAAUAAAUACAUGUUAAAAAUUCAAGGAAUCACUUACAUAGUCGACAUGCUUUAAAUUAAUGGCUUUGAAGCACAUUUAUGAUUAAUUUGUUUGUUGAACUUAUUCAAAUGAAGUUUUAUGGACUGCACCAAAGUUAGUAGCAGGAUUGUUUUCUUUAUAUGUUGCUGGGUUUCUGCUAGCACGUGAACUAGUAAUGUUAUCAUGGAGUGUUCUUUGAGUGACAAGAUACCAUUAGACGUGGUCUAGUGGUAUCUAGUAAUGAUAUCAUGGAGUGUCCUGUGGAAAGUGAAAACUAUUCGUUAAGUUGUAUAGGACGUCGUUAAACAGUUUCACGCGCUCUUCAUAUAUUCUGUUUUAAGAUUUGAAACUGAUAUUUUUUUUCGUGAAAUGUUGUCGAACUUUUUGUCUUCUUAAAUUGGCUAGAUAUUCUCCUUACAGGUGUUUCCAUGGUGCUGUAAAAGUAAUUGUUACCGUAGUUUAAGUUCUGCGAUUACAGGAAAAUCUUGAACUACAGGAGAAAAUGUAACUAUAGGAGUUCCUUUGCAAUUAUGCAGUGUGGGAGCUUAUUCGAUGGAGCAUAGAGACUUUCAUACUUUCAUUUUUUCUUAUGCUAGUUGCAUCGGAUCUAGAAAUCUGUUACCAGUUCCGAUAGAAGGAAAAGAGUAAGGUUUAGGCUUUACCCAACAGUUGUUGAACCCGAGGUUGGUAAUAAACUGAAGUUGCUCAGUCUACAUUUGGAUAUUAGUUUCUGCAGUUGCAACUCUGACAAUCUUAUAUAACUGGUCGGAAUGAAAAUUUCAACUUUGUUUGAUGCAAUCUAUUGAUGCAUUUUUGUUUGAGCCAUCUUGGACCAUAUUGUUGGGCAUUAUAUUAUAUUUCUGCAGUAGCAGCUCUGUUUCUUAUUUUUCAUGUCUUGAUUUUGUGUGAUGUCACUUUUUGAAAAGAGGCGAUUCUCGAAAUGAAAAUUAAAUAGUGAUACUAAUGAAAUUGGACCUAAACCAAAUGGCCCAAUAAAGUAUUAACUCUUCUGGGGGCCCAAAUAAGAACUGAAGCUUCCAGAUCAAAUCAUCCAUAGCCACCAAAGACUAAUCUGUCUUCGUCUUGUGGAAGCGAAAGCUAGUCAAUCCUGCCAACCACUAACUUUUCUUCCCUUUGAGCGAACUGCCAGUGAACACCAUGUAAGCUCAACAACAUGUUUUCCAAUUCCAAUUAAUUACCAAACCCAUAACACACCCACAUACAUAACUUCAAUGUCAAUUUUCCCCAAUUCAUCCUCGCUAAAAAUGGAAAAAAAAUCCGGUAAAAAAUUUCAUCUCCGAUCUGGAAAUUCCGUUACAUAUGACUCAUCCUACCCCAUCUACGCCAUGGCUUUUUCCUCCUUCACUUCUUCCCUCCCCAAUCGCCACCCUCGAAUUGCCAUCGGUAGCUUUAUCGAAGAGAUCAACAAUUGUGUUGAUAUUCUCUCUUUCGAUGCAGAUAACCUAACCCUUAAGCCUAUUCCGAAUCUCUGUUUCGAACACCCUUAUCCACCUACGAAGCUCAUGUUCCAUCCUAAUCCUUUUGAUUCUCUCAAAUCGAAUGACAUUCUUGCCUCCUGCAGUGACUACCUCCGUCUUUGGGAAGUUGGUGAUACUUCUAUUGAACCCCUUUUCACUCUCAGUAAGAAUAAAACUAGUGAAUACGUUGCCCCUUUGACGUCUUUUGAUUGGAAUGAGGUGGAACCCAGAAGAAUUGGUACUUCCAGUAUAGACACUACUUGUACCAUCUGGGAUGUUGAAAUAGGGGCUAUCGAAGCUCAAAUUAUAGCCCAUGAUAAAGAGGUUUACGAUAUAGCUUGGGCUGAAGCUGGGGUUUUUGCCUCCGCUUCUGCUGAUGGGUCAGUUAGGAUUUUUGAUUUGAGGCGUAAGGAACAUACUACAAUUAUUUAUGAGAGUCCAGAACCGGGCACUCAGUUGUUGAGGUUGGCUUGGAACAAGCACGACUUAAGAUAUCUGGCUACUAUGUCGAUGGAUUGCAACAAGAUUAUGAUUUUAGAUAUUAGGUCUCGAGAAAGGCCUGUGGCAGAGUUGGCUAGGCAUCAGGCGAGUGUUAAUGCUAUUGCUUGGGCUCCACAGAGUCGUCGACAUAUUUGUUCGGCUGGGGAUGACGGGCAGGCGCUCAUUUGGGAGUUGCCAACUGUUGUAGGGACUAAUGGGAUUGAUCAUAUGGCAAGGUACUCUGCUGGAGCUGAGAUUAAUCAAAUUCAGUGGUCUGCUGCGCAUCAUGAUUGGAUUGCCAUUGCGUUUUCUAACAAGUUGCAACUGCUUAAAGUAUAAGGCAAUUGGAUGAUUGAAUUUUUCCUUGUGGACUAUUUGGAGGACUUGAUUUUUUCCUUCUUUGUAAGAGAUGAAAAAACUUUUGCCUCUGGUCAUGAAGGUGGAGGGAUUAUACCUUUUCAGGCACUUCAGUAGCACCAUUUGGAAAAAUAAAAUCUAAAGUUCAGUACUUUUUUUUCUAUCAUCUAGCAAGCAUCAAUUUGAAAACCAAGUGUAAUGGAAAAUGAUAAAGGAAACUUGUUUAACUGUCAAACUAUGUGGAUUGAGAUAUUACCUAACUGUUCUUCAACAUUAAGUUACUUGGAAGUUGUUAUAUGAA